GGUCAGCAUGACUUGAAACGAAGAAGCAAAUAGAUAUUUGAGGAACUUCUACCAUAACUCUGGCCAAUAGACUCUUUAUAUCCUUGCGGCCUUUAUCUCAGACGAAGAAAAACAAACCUCAUGCGCAUGCAGACAAACAGAGAGAAAUAGGUCACAGGACUGUUUCACGGAAAGCUACAUGACAAGGCUGCACAUGACACUAAGCUAUAUUCGCAAUCAUAACUCAUCAUUUUGAUAUAAAUUCAUCAUAAAACUACCAGACACAUCUAUUUAGGAUCGACUGUAAGCUAUCGUUUUCAGGCCGUCGCAAGAUUUAUCGUUGUCACCCAUUUCUUCGCCCAACACACAAUUGUGCUUCCGCUUGACUGAUUUGCAGCAAGAAUUUCUAAUUAUGUCGGAGAAAAGUCCUGAAGAGAUCUCUUACUUUUGGAAGGAUGCCUUUCAGAUGACUAUUUUCCGUGGUAUAAAUCCCGUCGGCUGCCCAGCUUUCAAAGGUGGCCACUUCAACGAUAAAAUCUUGGAGGGAGGCGACCCACUCAAGUCUCUCGAAGAACUUAAGAAUUCGAAGAGACUCAGCCAUGAAGAAAGAGCAGUCGUUGAAAACUGUAUCGCAGUAUCCGAACCUUUAUUUGAUAAUCUUACGUACAACAAACUCAAUCCUCUUCGAAUAGAGUACGAAGACCUCUGGAACGAGGUCAAAAAUCUCAGUGAAAUGCUGGGUAAUAACGAAUAUUAUCAAAGUAGAUGCUCUAAUUGCAUGCAACGGGAUCUAAAUAUUGAGUACAUCUUCGACGAAAAUGGAGCACUGAAGAGGAUGGUGACGGAUGUUGUUCCAGCGAAGGAAUUGAAACCCAGGCUUUGGGAUCCAAAAUUUCACAAUUCUUUUAUGGACGCAAGAGAUAAACAGUCGCUUCCAUUGUUUGAUAAAUACACUUCGGAUGACGAAGAGUAUGUUGUUGAACCUGCUGAAGAGAGGAACUUUGGAAGCUCGGAGGUUGAAUCUAAAGAAGGAGUUGCAAAAGAUUCAGAAAAGUUGGCUGAGCAGAAUGAGAUGGAAGUUCGAGAUGGAGCGAAGGGUGAGAAUUCUGACGAUGUUGACGUGGCUGUAGAGUUGUCGGACAAGUUUUCUCCCCUUAACUUGAUUAGCACGGAUGAGAAGACUCAGGAGUAAAUUUUAUUGCUCUUUGGAAGUGGGACAGUGAUUGUUUUGCCUCGCUGUAGCCGAAAAGAAUCAAAGGGUUGAUGAAGCUUCGGCCUGGCA